GUUUUCAGUUCAAGAAAAUAACAUGGAGUUUAAUAUAGAAAUUAAGAAAAAAUCAGAACUAAAGGAGGAAGAUAUUUUCAGUAAUAAAUACUGCAUAUUUAACAAAAAAUUGUUAAAAAUAAUAGGAUUUUGGCCUUACCAAAGUACAUGGGUAAAAAGAGCUAUGAGAAUUUUCAUUAUCGUGUCCAUAUGCUCGAUAAUGGUGCCGCAGGUAAUAAAGGCUUAUCAGGAGUGGUAUGUCGAAAUCGUGAACUUAGCUAUUAUUAUCGAAUGCGUGUCUAGCAUUAUUGUGUACGCAGCUAUACUAGCAAGAUUGGCCAUGCUGGUAGUGCAGGAAUCAAAGAUGCGAUAUAUUUAUGAAGAGAUCACGAGGGAUUGGGAAGAAAUAAACGAUUCAGGGGAACGUGCGGUUCUUCAACGUUUUUGUAAUAUUGGUCGUAAACUGAGCAUUUUUUACUUUGUUUAUUGUCAUCUUACCGUCUUCAUUUUGACAUGGACAUCUGCAUUAGGUCCAAUGAUUAUAAAUAAAAUUUUGAAUACAACAUAUAAGAAAUCGCUCUGUAUCUAUGUUGAGUACUUCGUUGAUGAAGAUAAAAACUUUUAUUAUAUAUUUAGCCAUGUAUAUAUUUGCGCAGUGGUUGCAACAUUUCUUUUUACUACAUUUGAUUCAACAUUUGUUUUGAUCGUGCAACAUACUAUUGGAUUGUUAAAAGUUUUGAAGUAUCAAUUGAAUCAAUUAUAUAAAAUUUUCGAUUGGUCGAAAUGUAGUCGCAAAGAUGAUAUGAUUAUACAUAACAAUGUAAAGAGUUGCAUAAAAAUUCACGUGAAGGCUCUUGAAUUCAUUCAAUUUAUCGACAGUACGUAUGACACGUACCAUUGUUUUUUAUAUUCAUUGGUUUUAUCUGGUUUGAGUAUUUUUACAAUCGAUAUAAUUCUUAAUAAAGACGACUUUUUUAUUUUAUUGAGACUAGUCCCAUGUUUGGCUGCUGUCAUAGUGUACAUAUUUUAUUUUAACUGGCCAGGACAAAAAAUAAUUGAAAUUAACGAUGAAAUUUUUACUACUAUAUAUCUUACUAAUUGGUACUCUUUUCCAUUACGAACUCAAAAAUUAAUGAAAUUUAUGUUUCUGCGAAGUGCUGAUCACAUAUUUAUAAAAGCUAGUAUAUUCGAAAUGAGUUUUAAAACGUGCAGCAUUAUAAUGAAAACAGCUUUGUCAUACAUCACUGUUUUUAUAUCUCUUCUGUAGAAAACAAACAAGAAAUUGUAGUAAAUAUAAAUAAGAUGUAUCGUAAAAAUAUGAAAGAAAUACUUCAUUUAACACAAACCAAUAGAUUAUUUGUAAAGGACGUUUAAAAAAUGGUUCAUACCAUAGUAUGUUGCUUUCUGUGUCCACCAUCCGCUGAUCUCUAUUACCACUCCUUAUAUAAGAUUAUUAUGUGUAAAAAAUAAAGACAUCGUAGGGAUAGAGAUCAAGAGAUCGAUAAUUGUAAGUUGUAAGAAAAGAUGUCUUGUAUUUUUCAAAGAUAAUAAAUAUUAUAAAGGCGCAACUAAUAAAAUUGCAACAUCCUUCAAACUACCGAAAAUUUCAAAAUUUUCUAUCUGAACUUCGAAAUUGAGAAAUUUAACUUUCAAUAAAAUGCGCUCUCAUAACUUGUAAUAACGAAUUGUAACAUGUACACCGCGAUUAGUUGAUCUUCAUGAUUAGAUAAAAAAGACGCGAAUUUUUUUCUUUCCUCU